UAAAUUCAUCAAAAAUAAAAAAAUUCCUUUUUAUUUUCCAUUCAAUAUUUUCUUGAUCAUGGUGGUAGCAUUAGGUCCUGGAAAAUUCUACGGCAGCAGUUUACCGAGGCCGAGGUUUUACGAGAAUCCGAAUGGGGAACGGGUUGAUCCACCGGUAUCCGUUAUGGAUCCGUUGAUGUCAUGGGCUGAAGAAGCUCAUUGGUCGAUGGGUGGAUUGAGUUUCAAGCGUCUCCGAUUACAGGGACGGAUUGAAGGGAAUAUAAAGAAACUCAGAUCUGAGAAGGAGAAGAUUGAGAAGAAGGCGAAGAAAUCAGCCCCGAAAGGUACUGUUACUUCGUUGAAUUUGGAGCGGAAGAUGCGGUUGAUUGAUGAGCCUGAUGAUUAUGAGAAUGAAGAGAUUGAGGUUGUGGAGAAAUUGGGUAAAAGGGGUUCAAAGAAGAUGAAGAAAUCAGCCCCAAAAGGUUCUACUGCUUCGUUGAAUUUGAAGAGGAAGGCACAAUUGGUUGAUGAAUCUGAUGAUGAUGAGAAUGAAGAUGUUGAGGUUUUGGAGAAAUUGGGUAGAAGGGGUUCAAAGAAUACGAAGAAGGAAUUGUCCCGAAAAGGUCUUAAUGUAAGUUCGUCUUUGUCUCCAUCUGAUGCUACUGUUGCGAUGAAUUUGAAGAGAAAGAUGCAAUUGGUUGAUGAAUCCGAUGAUGAAGAGAGUGAAGAGAUUGAGGUUGCGGAGAAAUUGGAUAAAAGGGGUUCAAAGAGGAUGAAGAAGAAUUUGAAGAGGAAGGUGCAAUUGUUUGAUGAAGCUGAAGGAGAUAAGAUUGAGAAGGAGACGACGACGAAGAAGAAAUUGCUGCCAAAAGGUCUUAAUGUAAGUCUAUCUUUGUCUCAUUCUGAUGCCACUGUCAAUGAAUCCGAUGAUGAGAAUGAAGAAAUGGGGGUUGUGGGUAGAGUGGAAAAAAGGGGUGCAGUGAGGAAAUUGUAUGAUGAUUUUGAUAGCGUUGUUGCGGAGGAAAGUGGAAGGAAAACAAGAAGUGGAAAGAACAGAGAGGCUGCUGCUGCUGUAGUUGCUGUUGAGAAGAAAGUGGAGAAAGCGAAGACGAAGGGAGGGAGAUUGAAGAAGGGUGUGAAGAGUGGUGAUGAUAAGGUGAGAACUUCACCUAGAUUGAUGAAAAAAGGGUUGCCUUGAAGGUGUUUGAUAAUGUGUCAAUGAAAUGAAAUGUUUUUUUUUAAGAGUACAGUGUUGGUUUCCUGGCUUUGAAAUGUAAGUUGGAUUUAUGUAGUAAGUUAAUCUUGAUAAGAUGAAUGAAGGUUUUAUUGUUUUAUGAAA